UCACGUUCGUCAUUUCCCAACCGUCUCUCUCAUCUGCUUUCUCUCUCCUAGGGUUAGGGUUUCCUUUCUUCAGUCCUUUCUUUCGUUCUUUGGUGGUAGCGAUGGCCCAGGAGAAUGUCGAUCUCCAGAACGGCGGAGCCGAGAACGGGAGCUCCAAGGCCGUGAUCUUCUCCUCUCUCAAGCCCCAGCUGUGUGUCCCAGCUCCCAAGGCCGCUGAUGCUGUCCAGUUCUACAAGACGGCCUUCGGAGCUGAGGAACUGAAGCGUUCUGUCCACCCAAAGAGGAAGGCGGAACAAGAGCUCCCUCUCAUCGUCAGCGCUGAACUCAAGCUCGGUCCCUCCGUUUUCAUUGUCUGCGACAUCACUGACGAAAGCUUCAGGCCGACUGACGGAACGGGCGUGACCUUCUGCCUAGAGACCGACGACGUUGACGUCGCCGUUAAGAAGGCCGUCAGUGCUGGCGCGGUGGUGGAGGCAGAGCCUGCUGAGGACGAGGGCGCGUGCUGCGGUGCGCGUGCAGGGAAGGUGAAGGACCCCUUCGGAUACGUCUGGGCCAUCAGCACUCCUGCGAAGAAAGACGCUGCUGACGUGGAUGCUUAAUAGCCCUUGGAUGUUGUUGGCGCUUUUUUCUAUUUUGCUGCUUUUCUGAAAAAAAAAAAAGGACUGAUGGUAACCUAGUUUGGUCUAUGUAGUGAAAGAUAUACGGUCGCCUUAUGGUGACCGGGAGCCCAGGUAAUUACGGUUGUAAAUUUUGAAGACUUUCAUUGACUAACCGACAGCUGGCGUAUGCUUUUAAUCGUAACCCUUCUCUUCA